URGCUAAGCAUGACUGGAAAAUCGAUAGAGUUUAUGACGUUCUUGCAGUGACCAUAUCCAGUCGACAGAGCAAAAGUGAACGUGAUUGUUAUUUGAAAACGACUCACUAACAAAAUGAACUAGUAUGCUAGAGAAAUGAAGAACCCACAGGAGAGCGCUCUUCACGUGGCCACCCCAUUGAGGGAGAGCCUUGCCCUAACCAAAGUGGCAGGCACCUCUGUCUAUCUGAAGCUUGACUCAUCCCAGCCCACAGGAUCCUUCAAAAUCAGGGGCAUUGGACACCUUUGCAAGACAUGGGCCAAGCGAGGCUGCGAGAGAUUCGUCUGCUGUUCAGGAGGAAAUGCUGGUAUGGCGGCUGCCUACUCUGCCCGUAAGCUUGGUGUACCUGCCACCAUCGUCGUUCCCAGUGUCACCCCCAAACCAACAGUGGAGAGGCUGAGGGACGAGGGCGCCAAUGUGGUGAUUCAUGGCAAGGCGCUGAAUGAGAGCAUUGAAUAUGGACAACAGCUUGUGGCCAACAACCCUGGAUGGAUCUUCAUCUCUCCUUUUGAUGACCCUCUCAUCUGGGAGGGCCAUAUGUCUCUGGUGAAGGAGCUGGAGUCCGAGCUGCAGGAGAAGCCUGGUGCAAUGGUGUUGUCUGUUGGCGGUGGAGGCCUCAUGAACGGGGUUGUUGAAGGACUGCGCCGUGCCGGCUGGAACGAUGUUCCAGUCAUAGCUAUGGAAACUGUGGGGGCACACAGUCUCAAUGCUGCUAUGAAGGCUGGGAAGUUGAUCACUCUGCCUGAGAUCACAAGCAUUGCCACCACGUUGGGCCUGACAAGAGUAUCUGCACAGACCCUGAAACUUGCUGGUGAACACACAGUUUACUCCGAGCUGGUCACAGACCAGGAGGCUGUCAAAGCUGUCGAGCGCUUUGUUGACGAUGAGAAGGUCCUAGUGGAGCCUGCGUGUGGUGCUGCCCUGGCAGCUGUGUACUGUGACAUCAUCCCCAGACUGCAGAAGGAGGGCAAGCUGGCGCGGGACCUGGGACCUGUGGUGAUCGUGGUGUGUGGAGGCAACAACAUCAGCAUGAAACAGCUCCAGAAACUGAAGAAGCAGCUGGGCAUGUCAUCUAGCUAGACAGACAGACAUGUUUGCGUCCUGCUUAUCCUUUCUCCAUCACUCCAUUCCUCUAUUAACCCGAUCCUUCCAGUUGCAGCUCCCCUACUCCAUUGGGUACUACCAAUAAGGGCAUUCGAACAGGUUCAUGAACUCCAUGGGGCCAAAUCAUUCCAGACAGUGUGCAGUAUAGGCCUACUCUUGAACUCCUGAAAGGGGCUGACUGACUGAAGAAUUAACUGACUAUGGAUUCAUCAAUAGCCUAAUGCUAAGGUAGAUACGUAUUGAUAGGCAUACAGAUAAUCUACUAUUCUGGCAGUAGUAGUCUUUGAAUUGAAUAACUUAGAUCCACAGGCAGCUGGUGGCACCUUAAUUGGGGAGGACGGUUUCAUAGUAAUGGCUGGAACGGAAUCAAUGGAAUGGUAUCGAACA